AUGAGACUCAUCAACACCCACACCAGAGACUUUGAGGAGUUCUACGGAAGCAAAGUUCCAAAGUAUGCAAUUCUUUCACAUACUUGGGGGCAAGAGGAGGUUACAUUCCAGGAUUGGGCAGACCCAACAUCGGUGACCCAGAAGUCAGGAUUUACCAAGAUUAUUGAGGCCUGUGAGCAAGCCAGAAUCGACGACUACUCCUACAUAUGGGUUGAUACCAAUUGCAUCAAUAAAAACAGCUCAGCUGAGCUUACAGAGGCUAUCAACUCCAUGUUCGCCUGGUACUCCAAGGCGGAUAUUUGUUACGCCUAUCUUUCAGAUGUUCCGACUCUCAAGCCGUUGUCAUAUGCGAAGGAGUUCCGGCAGAGUCGCUGGUUCAAGAGGGGAUGGACACUUCAAGAGCUCCUUGCCCCUGACUGUGUGGUCUUCUAUGCAGCUGACUGGUCACGAAUUGGGACCAGAUCUAGUCUCGUUUGCGACAUUGCCGAGGCCACAGGCAUAGGUAUCAGAUAUCUUAGGCCUCAUCAAAAGACGGUCAUCGCCACUCAACAAGACUGGUCACAAGUUCGAAGUCAGGUAUGCCAUGAAGCAUCGGUGGCUGAAAGGAUGUCUUGGUUGUCCCGCCGUGAAACAACCAGGGUUGAAGACAUGGCCUACUGCAUGCUGGGCAUAUUUGGUAUUCAUAUGCCUCUCGUAUAUGGUGAAGGGCCUAGAGCCUUCUUCCGCCUUCAAGAGCAGAUUCUGAAAACAUCAGACGAUCAAUCACUCUUCUGCUGGUCAUGGGCCAUGAGCGAAAACCAGGGCAGUCUUCUUGCCCCUAGGCCACAUAGCUUCCUGGAUGCCUCGCCCUAUCAACGUCAUAGACACCCUGUCAAGCCAUCUCCCUACGCUAUUGCUAACUCGGGUCUCUCUAUUCGGCUUCCUCUGAUUCAAUGCUGGUCCUCAUACAUUGCCAUUCUCAAUGUCGAACUUAGAGCGAAGAACAAUGUUGGAUCGAGGAGCAAUGUUGGAAUAGCUUUGCAAGAAGAUGCCCUUACUGGUGUCUUUACUCGAGCCUCCUACCCAGAUGUCCCCAUUCCCCUAGCCCCUGGAAUGUGCUACAAGGGCUCGCCACUUACAGACAUGUUCACCCCAGCACAACAUGUACCAUUCAAACCUUUCCACCAGACCGGUUUUCCCGGGAUGACAGCAUACUCGUCAUAUGCCCUAUGGUAUAUUGCGAGGAACCUGGUCCCAACUGGCUUCGAAGAAUGA